GCCUAACGGUACAUCGAGGAUUUCCCACUCACUUCGUGCUGACCUUCAUAAGAACAGCGGGAUUUGAAAUUGCAGGUUGAUGUCCAAAAAGAAGGGAUGUGUACCGCAAAAGACUGUUCUCUUGGGAAGGAUAGGAACAAAUCUUAAAUGUGGUGUAGUAGGUCUACCUAAUGUUGGAAAGUCCACUUUCUUCAACGUUCUCACAAAAAGCCAAGUGCCAGCCGAGAACUUCCCAUUCUGUACUAUAAAUCCAAAUGAAAGUCGUGUUUCGGUUCCUGAUGAGAGAUUCGAGUGGCUCUGUGAACACCACCAGCCUGUGAGCCGAGUUCCUGCGUAUUUAAAUGUCGUGGAUAUUGCUGGUCUAGUUAAAGGAGCCCACGAAGGUCAGGGACUUGGAAAUGCGUUUCUUUCGCAUAUUCGAGGCGUUGAUGCAAUUUAUCAUAUGUUAAGAUUGUUCGAAAAUGAAGACAUCACUCAUAUUGAAGGUGAUAUUAACCCAGUGCGUGAUUUGGAUAUUAUUGAUGAAGAAUUACGACUGAAAGAUAUUGAAUAUGUUACCAAAGAAUGUGAAAAGUGUGAGAAAGUAGUUAUUCGUGGCGGUGAUAAAAAGCAGAUGCCGGUGUAUGAAUGUUUGACAAAAGUUAAAAAUAUGCUGGUCAAUGAUAAGCGGAGUGUUCGUUUCGGCGACUGGAAUGUGUCUGAAGUGGAAAUACUUAACGAACAUCUGUUUAUCACAGCCAAACCCGUGAUCUACUUGGUAAACAUGUCAGAGAAGGCAUUCUUGAAAAAGAAAAGCAAAUGGCUACCGAAAAUUAAAGAAUGGGUUGAUGAACAUGAUCCCAGUGCUACUAUUAUUCCUUUCUCCGCCGACCUUGAGCAAAAAAUUAGCGAAAUGUCUCCAGAAGUAGCUAGCACAUACAUGAAAGAAAAUGAAUUCACUAGCAUGCUGCCAAAAAUUAUUCGGGUCGGUUACCAAACAUUACAGUUACAAUAUUUCUUCACAUGUGGUCCAGAUGAAGUCAAAGCUUGGACAAUACAGAAAGGUACUAAAGCUCCUCAAGCUGCUGGCCGAAUACACACAGAUAUGGAACGUGGCUUUAUAAUGGCUGAAGUUAUGUCUUAUGAGGAUUUCAGAACCGAAGGUUCAGAAGCUGCUGUUAAGGCUGCUGGGAAAUAUAAACAGAAGGGAAGAGAGUAUGUUGUUGAAGAUGGGGAUAUCAUUCUCUUCAAAUUUAAUGCUGGUGCUGGUUUACAAGCAAAGAAAAAAUGAUCUUUAGAGUGUGAAUACUGCUCUCAGCUGUUUGUUUGACUUUUUACAAAUACACUUUCUAUUCUUCUUGGAAUCGUGUCCAUUUUAACUUAAAAUAUAUAGGACUGAUAAUAGUUUAUAUGUUACAUUGAAGUAUGUAUUUGGUAUAAUAUGUAACUGUGUAUGUAUUUUCGGCCUAUCGCUUACUACACAGUUUUGCUUGCUUACAGCAUGUUAUUGUAGUUUGAUUGAAGGUGACUAGUUAAGUUUCGUCAUGGAACUACAUUUAAUUUAUGCGUGACUUACUCUGUUGCACUUUAUUUUAAACCGUAUAGAAAUUACGGUUUAUUUAGGCGUUCAGGUACUGAUCAUUACAGUAAUGUAGUUUUUAUCUCACUAAGGUAGGGUGAACGCAUACUUGAGUCGAAUUAUGAGAGUUAUAAAUAUAUAUUUCCGUUGAUAAAAUGCUGCAUAAGUUGU